GGAUUGUCCGCUGGCGGCCGCCACCGCGCCGCCGGCCCCGCCCGCCAUAUUGUGCCCGGCGCAGGCUGUGCGGCGGCCGGAGAUGGUUUUAAGGACUGAAGACAUAAUCACGCAGUGAACAGCAGAGAAGCCACCUGGAAGAACAGCCCUCCGCACCCUCUGUUGUUAUGGCAGGGGGAAGGCGGGGCCCUAACCGUACGUCCUACUGCCGAAAUCCCCUCUGUGAACCUGGGGCCGCUGGCGGCUCUGGCCAUUCCACGAGUUCCUCUGUCACGGGUGUGCGCUCACGCACCAGGAGCGGUUCAGGUACAGGCCUUUCCAGCCCACCUUUGGCAACUCAGACAGUCGUCCCCCUCCGGCACUGUAAGAUCCCAGAGCUGCCUGUGGAGAGGAGUGUGCUGUUCGAACUUCAGCUCUUCUUCUGUCAUCUCGUUGCUCUGUUUGUCCACUACAUCAACAUCUACAAAACUGUGUGGUGGUACCCACCCUCCCAUCCACCUUCGCACACAUCAUUGAACUUUCAUCUUAUCGACUUCAACGUGCUGACAGUGACAACAAUCGUCCUGGCACGCCGGCUGAUCGGUGCUAUUGUGAAGGAGGCUUCACAGAGUGGCAAAGUCUCCCUGCCACGCUCUAUUUUCCUGGUGAUCACUCGGUUUGCUGUUCUCACUGGCACAGGCUGGAGUUUGUGUCGAUCAAUAAUUCACCUUUUCAGAACCUACUCUUUCCUUAAUCUCCUGUUCCUGUGUUACCCGUUUGGCAUGUACAUUCCCUUCCUUCAACUGAACUGUGACUUUCGGAAGACGGGCCUCUUCUCCCAGGUGGCCAACAUUGGUCCCAGAGAGACGAGCGAGGUGAACUCCAGGAGCCGAGACUACCUGACUGUCCUAAAGGAAACCUGGAAGCAGCACACUCGACAGAUGUAUGGCAUGGAAGCCAUGCCCACUCACGCCUGCUGCCUCUCCCCAGAUCUCAUCCGCAAUGAGGUGGAAUACCUGAAAAUGGACUUUAACUGGCGGAUGAAAGAGGUGCUGGUGAGCUCCAUGCUCAGUGCCUACUACGUGGCCUUCGUGCCUGUCUGGUUUGUGAAGAACACUCAGUACUAUGACAAACGCUGGUCGUGUGAGCUCUUCCUUCUGGUUUCCAUCAGCACGUCUGUGAUCCUGAUGCAGUACCUCUUACCUGCGCGCUACUGUGACCUGCUCCAUAAAGCUGCAGCGCACCUGGGCUGCUGGCAGAAGGUCGAUCCGGCUCUCUGCUCCAACGUGCUGCAGCAUCAGUGGACAGAGGAGUGCAUGUGGCCACAGGGAGUGUUGGUGAAACACAGCAAGAAUGUGUACAAAGCUGUGGGUCAUUACAACGUGGCAGUGCCCUCUGACGUCUCGCACUUCCGCUUUCACUUCUUUUUCAGCAAACCACUGAGAAUCCUCAACAUCCUGAUUCUGCUGGAAGGAGCCGUCAUCUUCUACCAGCUUUACUCGCUGAUUUCUUCAGAGAAGUGGCACCAGACUAUCUCGCUGGCUCUGAUCCUCUUCAGUAAUUACUACGCCUUCUUCAAGCUGCUGCGUGACCGUCUGGUGCUGGGCAAAGCCUACUCAUAUUCUGCCAGCAGAGACUCAGAGCAGAAGUUAAAUUAAAACAAUUGCACUGAUGCUCAGCUUAUUACAAAACAAACAAAACAACAAACCCUCAGAGCUUUGUAUUUUUGUUACCACUGCUUUUUUUCUUUGAUAACUUAUGUAAUUAAAAGGAAAAAACAUAUUUUUUUACUCCCAA